CAGAAUAAUUGUUGUAUUGCACAGUGUAUUUAUAUUGCACAGAUUGUUAGUGUUGUGUGGUCUACUGGGAGCACUAAGACACUAUUAAAGGCCGGCCGGCAAUGAUCUAUAUCGCUGUUAUGAAAUGACCAAACUACAAUACGUUAGUUCAUCUCUCAAUAGGUUUUUUUCUGACUUCACUUCCCUGUCUGGAGUUUUCAGCCCCUACUUUUACCGAAAUCUUAAAUGAUUUUUUGACUAAUUGCACCGCAGUUCUUAUGUCUGUUACUUCAAUAGGAGAAAGCUGUGGAUCUGAUAUGCCAGUGAACAUCUAAGCAAGCAGUACGGAGUUUGUGGGACUGACUCAAAUGUUUUAAAUAGAUUUGAAGAUAGGCUAUUUCAAACAUGUAAUACAUGAUUAAAAAAACAGGAAGAAGCAAAAAAAAUGACUGCAAAAAUAUAACGCAAUUUCUCAAUAAACUAAAUAAAUAAAUAUUCCAAAUAAUAUGUCCAAAAAGAGUAUGAAGAAGGAUAUAUACUAUAUAUACACACAAAUAAUCACCUUUAUGUUUAUCAUAUACAGUAUAACUUAACAAUUUACCUUAAUGUGAAUCAAAUGUAACUUAAAUAGUUACCUUAAUGUUUAUUCUAUUUACACAUACUGUAAAAGCCUCAUUCAUUGGUACAUACAUCAUUUUAGCUGAAGGUCACAGUGAUUGGAGGGUUAUUCAGAUCACCUGUUGUGCAGCUAGUGAGGACUGGCUCCCGAUUAACAAUUGAGAGCAGCUUGGUGCAUUUCCUCUAGUGGCCAAUCAGGAUGUGACACCGCUGUUUCUUUAGGGUUUAAGAGAGGAGGGGGAUUUCACAUCCAGUGCAUUUUGAGCUUUCCUUGCAGACCUCAUUUCAGCAGAUUGAAGCACACAUUCUGGUCUUUAGGCCCGUUUGAGACUUCUUUGCAGUUUGAACUUUUCUGAUUUUGAUCACUUGGAAACCUGGUUUGAGUGAAUAUUUAGCCUAAAGAUACAUUUAUGCCCACAUAAUUUGUUUUGAUAUUUUGUUUAUUGGUUUAUUUUUUUUAUUGAAACCCCCUUUAUACACCGUUCCUUAUUAUUAAAGAUGCUUUUUUCUAUAAUUAAAGAGGAAUUUUUUUUCCCCGUUAAAUGUGAUUCUCCAGGUAAACAUGUCUUUAUGUGGUUGGGAACUGGUUGUCAGGCUUUGUCUCAAUCAGCUGAAUUCUGGGGUAGCAGGACAGCAACAAUACACUAUCAUCGUGCAGGUGCCCAUCCAGCAUGUCCCAACAAUCACAGAGAAGAACAAAUGCUCAUUGUUAUGAAGGCAAAUGUCACAGAGUGUGACAAUGUUUAAGUGUUUUUAACGUUAUUUGGACAAUAACUCUGGUCUAUGGCACAGAUGAAUACAUUAUAUCAGGCUUUGGCUACACAGACUUUCCUUGUUUUUAGGAUAAAGUAAUUUGUUUAUUUGGGUCUUUACAUAGGAUUUGUUGACCCAAUAUAGAAUGUAUCCAGACUUGUCCUUUUAAGCUUCUAAAUGUUUAACUUAAAAUCUUACAGACUCAAUGUGUCCAUGAAGCCUGCUGUAUGUCUGCCAACACUUGUCUAUAAAUAAAUGUGCUUAUUUAUGUGCAUGGCGGACCUUGGAUUGUGAUUGGCCGUCUCUCAGUGAAGGGCGGCGGCUCUUAUUGGUGCAAUCUAUAGUGUCAUAUCAAGGACACGGGGAAGUGCUCGUUUAAUGUCGUCCUGACAUCCCGGAGGGGCGGUGCUUUGAUGGUGCUGCAUGCUCCGCCCGCUCGGGAUGUUUGGUGUACAUUCUGUUCUCAACCACAACGUAGUUGUGAAGUUUGAGAAGCGCAUGUCGGCUGCGUUCACAGCUUUUAAACUUAAAAGACGACACAGUUCAGACUCAGUCGAAGCACUUAGAAGAGGUAAAGAAAACUCUCAACUCACGUCUCUUGUUUGUUUUGAGAUGGGAGAAAGGAUGCUUCACAGGAACCUGCUGCAGGCUGCUUGCCUGUGUUGUCUGUUGGCUGCUCAGGUGCACAGCUGUCCAGAUACCUGCAGCAAGUGUUCAGGCCCAGAAAACGACCAGUGUGAGGAAUGCAGAGCGGGAUGGACACUCCAUAAUAACACCUGUGUAGACGUUGAUGAGUGUGGCACCGAGCUGGGUAUCUGUCCUACAAACAGCUACUGCUUCAAUACAGAUGGAUCAUUUGAGUGCCGAGACUGUUCCCCGGCCUGUGUGGGCUGUAUGGGUAACGGACCAGCACGCUGCAGGAAAUGUGCCUCUGGUUACACACUGACAGGGUCCAAGUGUGUGGAUAUAGAUGAAUGUAGUGACAGGGUACUCGCCUGUCACGGUCUGGACGAGAUUUGCACCAACACAGAGGGCUCUUUCCGCUGUGACUGUGCUGAAGGAUUCUUCCAUAAGGAUGCUGUCUGUGUGAAGAAGCAGCAUCCUAGUGUUCAGGAGAAAGGUCUGUUUGAGGAUAUCCAGGACGACGAGGUGGAGGUGCUGCAGCAAAUGCUCUUCGGGGUGGUGCUUUGUGUUCUGGCCACACUGGCUGCUAAGGGAGAUUUGGUCUACACAUCUAUAUUCAUGGGCGCAGUGGCAGCCAUGGCAGGGUACUGGCUUUCUGACAGGGGAGACCGUUUAUUGGGCAGCUUCUUAAAGGGACGUUAAAGCUUCAAAUUGUUGCGAAAACGGACUUAAACAUUUUAUGUGCCACUGCUCAGCAAGGCCUCAACAAUCAUAGUUCAGGACAAAGCAGAUGAAUCUUGUGCAUUUACUUGUAUUAUAGAUGAUUUAAGUUAUUGAUAUGAAGUUAUCUUCAGCUUUUGAACGUCAUUCUGUAGUAUCACAGAGCCGGGCAAAAUGAAUGGGAAAGUUUAUUCAUGAUCGUUUAAAUAGCAGUUUGUCAAAGCUUAAUUCUAGUUACCAGCUUGGUCUGGAGCUUUUCAACUGUGUUUAACUGUCUUCCUUACUACAUCAAGUUUGCUUUGUCUUUACAAACUCCAAUCACUGAUGAAGACUGCAAGAUGCUGUUGAAAGUUGACCAAAGGGAAAGAAAAAGACUUUUAGACGAUUGUUCCAUUUUCCUGUAUUGAGUUGAAAAUGAGCCCAAAUCGUCUCGUGCGUUUUUAUUGUUUUCAAGCAACUAUCUUGUUCUGGCAUUUGGAGCCACCAAUAUAUACAAUGUUGCCAUUGGUGGCAUGCUUAAAGAGGAAUAUACAGCUUGCUUGUAUUUGUGUGCAGAAACAAUGUAUUAGAUUUACUUCAUAUACUGCAUCAAUGACACUGUAUUUGCACUCUUUAAAUAUAAAGUUGCAACAUGAACAAUCUAGUAUAUAGUAACAUUUUAUUGCCUUUUUAUCGAAGUGCACAUUUGUCUUAAGAAUAUAAAACACAAAUAAUUGUCCUAUGUUAACAUACAUACCCAGCUUUAUUCUUUCUUCAUUUUGCAGGGUGCUUCUGUUGUUAAUGACACAUUUUUGACACCUGAUAAAUAAAAUCGCACUACUGAACGUUCAAAUCCAGGACUUUUGAUCGUUGAACUUAAAGGAUGAAGGUAUAAUAGUUAUUAGCAUCAUUCACCAAGUUAACCCAAUUGUUCAUAUUCUAUAUGAAUAAUCCAUUAUGAAAUUGAAACCGAUAUGAAAUCAAUGCACUAUUUGACUUACUAGUGUGCUUGUUUCCACAGUAUCAUGCAUUUAAGUGUAAUACCAUGAUUGUAUUUGUACUAGAAUAUAUUCUAAUUGACGUAUAGAUUAAACUGAUUUUAACUUAGAGUAGAAAAUCACAAACAAAGACAGAAAGAAAGUCACCUUUAUUUGAUGGAUAUAAACAAGCUGGCCAACACUCAAUAGUAAUAUUCUGAUACAGCACAUACAAUAGCAAACUGGGUCACUGAGGACAGCCUCCUAGGUUUAAAAAACAGAAAACAUCACCGAGUAUCCAUGCGUCAUUCAAAACUUUGACUCAGUCUCACUUUUUUUUUUUACUCUAGGGACUUCCUCUGAUAAAGUUUUUUUUAAAUAGAUUUUUCUCUUAUGCAUUCAUAACACGCACACAAUCACACAUACGC